GACGUUGCACUUCGAACAGAAAUUCCAAACGGAACGUGAAACGUGGGUGUUUGCGAGCAAAACACAAAACAAAAGAGAAGAGUAAACCAAACAAAAUAGGAAAAAAGGAAAAGUAAUUGUCAACACAAGGCAAAAGUCAAAUUGUAGAGAAAGAAAGAAAAAAAGUAAAAUUGAAGCACAAAAUAUUAAAGUGAGUUAGUUGGAAGGGCCAACACCAAGCAACCAACCAUCCAACCAACCAACCGAUAUCAAAGAGAAGAAGCAAACAAAAGUGAAAGUGAAUUAUAUUCUUUGUUGUCGUUGUGGAUGCUUUCACUUUCUUAUAUGUGUUUGCGAGUGUCUAUUAAAGCCAUCUGAUGUUGAUGAUGGUAAAAGUGUUGAAAGUGAAAUUGAGCUUGAAAUCAUAAAAUAAAAAUUGAUAGGGAAUUGAAAACAUGUCAUGUACAAAAUCUGGACAUAGUUGAUUUCUUUUGAAGGUAUAUUAAUCAUACGCCUUGUGUACCAAACCCAGUGUGGCUGUGAUAAUUUAAGAAAAGAAAACAAAACGAAAGUGGAGGAAUUUUAAUGAAUUUUUAUCAAUUCACGCCAAAGGAUUUAAAUCCAAACGAAGAAAUCGAAAAGUUUGCCGAGAUCAUUUAUCUUACUUAACUAUUGUCUGGCGUCUAUCCGCAUAAUAACCUUUAUAGCUGUAAUUGAAGGAGAUUCCCAUCUAAAUCGAAUCAAAUAUUCAGCACGUCAUCAUCAUCAUUACCAACAACAAGAACAAUGCUGACCACACAUCAUUUACCACAUCUGCACCAUCGCGGCAGUACGGCAGUUGAAUUGGAUAAAAUCACAAAUUUAAAUACGCUAAUUGUUGAAAUAAACAGUCACGUGGCUUUAUUUCGCGAUCUUCUAAUACACGUGGGCCAAGCGAAAGACUGUCCAGAACUGCGAGAAAAAAUACGAAAACUACGAAGAACAUGCGUUGAGGCUUUCAAACACACGGAACAGAUCCUAAUGCCACAAGUAAAAAAUGCCACUGCCGAUGGCGUUCUGACCGACAAUCCACAUCUUGUGCUGUUAUUUUAUAUGGCUCAACUGUUCUUACGCGAAUUAGUGAAGAGCUAUCGUCUGAUACAAGUGGUGCCAAUGGAUAUGUCAGGAUAUUAUGAAAAUCGCGCGGGUCCCUCGAACCUCGGCAAUGUCAUUAGCCAAAUAUUACUGUGCAAACAAAUAACACCGGAUUUCAAUCAAGAAGAGCUGUGUAGCAUUACAAAGGAUUCACAGGAUAUCGCAUUGUUACUAUCGGAAAUGCAAGAGUUCAUGCCAAAACAUGAAACAUAUCUGGAACGCCACACUGCACUGGAUACCAAUGGUCCUUGGGCAAAUAAAGGACGCCACAAUUACAUCUGCAAAAAUAUGAGUUUACUUUGUUGUGUCUCUCGACCAAAUUAUCUCUGAAAGUAAAUUGUAAGCCAUCAUCAGUACCAGUAGCAUCACCACAAUCAGCCACAAUGACCAUCCUCAUUAUCAUCAUCAUCAUCAUCAUCAUCAUUUCACCCACAAAAACAAAAAACCAAACAAAAAAAGAGGAAUCAAGUCAACAAGAAAUGCAUAGUAAGGACAUAAAAGGUUAACUGAAAAAUUCAAAAAAAAAAAAAAAAAAAAAAAGAACAAAGAAACAACUUUUUUAAGAGGCAACACUCUUUCUCUAUGUACAUAUGUACGUACGUACAUAAAUAUUUAUUUGGUUUUCUUUUACAAUUGUUACACAUUACCACCCUGAAAGUAAUCAAAAUAAAAAUAUAUAUACAUAUAUAUAUAUUUAUUUUCCAAAGUAAUUUAAGAACAAACAACCGAACAAAAAUGCACCAAUUAGAAUUUUAGAAGAAAGAAAAAGGAAACCCAGAAAUAAAAAAGAAAAGAACAAAAAAUCGGAAACAUAAGGUGGAAACAUGAAAUCUGGAAAUGUUAACAAACACAUCAAUUAUUAUAGAGACUUAAGCAUAGAAUUUAGUCAAGAAUAAACACAUAAUACAUACAUAGUUAUUUACAUAUAUACAUACAUAUUUAUUUUAUGUAUACAUUGUAACACCAUCUUAUAUAAAUAUACACUUAAUUAGAAUAUUUGAAAGGUAGGAAAUAAAUCUGAAGUCAAAUUUGUUAUUAUAGCAUAAAUAAUUUUGUUAAUAUAUUAAAGGAAAAAAGAAGGACAACAAAUAAAAACUGAAAUUUGAGAACUUAUAAUAUAAAUUAUCUGGAAGCAAAUAAAGAGACUCUGGAUCGGUAUUCGAAGUAUAUCUGGCAAUUUGAUUUUUAUUUUGAAUUUAUUUAUUUUUAUUUUGAAAAAUUUUGUAAAACUUAAUAUUUAAAAACAACUAUAGUUGAGAGGGGCAACCGCCACAUUUACAAUUGAGAGCAAUAUAAAUAUGAUUUUUAUACC